CGAGCUAGCCAUCACGAAGCUAGAGCCAGCCCCUGCAGCUAGCUUAGCUUAGUUGGCUACAGGUGUUGUUUGUAUGGCGCCGGCGGCGGGCGACGACGCGGUGGGGCCGCGGAAGGGUGGUGGUGGGGGCACGACGCCGCCACCGGCGCAGCAGCCGCCGCCGCCGCCGCAGGACCAGGGGCUGCGGUGCCCGCGGUGCGACUCUCCCAACACCAAGUUCUGCUACUACAACAACUACAGCCUCAGCCAGCCGCGGCACUUCUGCAAGACGUGCCGGAGGUACUGGACCAAGGGCGGCGCGCUCCGCAACGUCCCCGUCGGCGGUGGCUGCCGCAAGAACAAGCGCUCCCGCUCUGCCGCCGCGGCGGCCGGCUCGCGCCUCUCGCUCAACCUGCCCGUGGAGGGUAUCGGCGCCGGGGCGGACUCCGCGGCGGCGGCUGCUGCCGCCAGGCUGGGGUUUCUUGGCAGCGCCGGGUCGACGGUGAUGUCGUCGACGUCGCCGCUCGGUGGCGCCGCUGCCGUGACCGACUUCCAGCAGGGAGGCGCCGUCGGUAUGCUGCCGUUACCGAGGCUCCACUCCCCUGGCGGCGGCGGCGUCGGGGUCGGGCAGUACGUGCCGUUCGGGGAGUGGCCCACGGGGGACAUUGCCGGCGGCAACGCGGUGAACGGCUGCCAUGGGGCCGUGAGCAGCACCAUCGCGUCGUCCAUCGAGUCGCUAAGCUUCAUCAACCAGGACCUGCACUGGAAGCUGCAGCAGCAGAGGCUCGCCACCAUGUUCCUCGGCCCGCCGGGCACCUCCACCACCGCCGCCGCCGCCGCCCAGGCCAACGACGGUGGCGUCAGCGGCACCGCCCAAGGACAUGCUGCCGUCGGGGGCGCCUUCCUGCACAUGGCGGGCAGCGUCCCCAGCAUUGAGGCAGUGCCGUCGGCGACGUCGUGGUUCAUGGACAGCUGCUCAUACGGGCUCCCUUCCCCGCCGCCGCCUGCCGCUGCCGCCGUGGCCACCACCAGUAGCAACCUCAACAGUGGCCGGAGUAGCGGCGGCGGCGGCGACGACAACGCCACCUCCAACUGCGGCAGCGUGAUCCCGGCGUGGGGCGACAUCUCGACGUUCGCGAUGCUGCCCUAGUGUGGCGAUCGACGCACUUGGAUGGGUUCAAAUUGACGGCUAAUUCCGAAGGAAUUGGGCUUAGCUACAGGGGCUAAUUCUUUACUACUAGUAAUUAACUAGUUGUCUCUAACUUGGAUUGAUAUAUUAAUCUAAUCAUCCAAUUAUUGUUUAGCUAUGUGAUAUAGUAUUUAUCAUAACAUUCUGACACCAAAUUAAAGUCUGUAUCAUGUCAAGGUCUUUCUUUUUUCUUUUUCUUAAUUCUGUUUCUUUUUCACUUU